CUCUCUCCAACCUCCUAUAGCUAGCUAGCUCUCUCCUGGCGCCUGAUCCAAAUUGAAGAGGAAAAAGUUUUCUAAAUAUGGAAGGAUUAAUUUUAUUUAUUGGGGUCAUAGGCAACAUCAUCUCAGUGCUAAUGUUCCUUGCUCCUGUCGGAACGUUUUGGAGAAUUGUAAAGCACCGAUCGACGGAGGACUUCGAGAGUCUGCCUUAUGUUUGCACAUUCCUCAACUCCUUCUUGUGGACUUACUAUGGAAUUAUAAGGCCCGCCGGAGGAUUACUUGUGGCCACUGUCAAUGGUUUUGGUGUCGUUGUUGAGAUUAUCUACCUUAUUUUGUUUCUGGUAUAUGCCCCAGCAAAGAUGAGGGCAAAGACGGCCAUCUUGAUUGGAACCUUGGAUGUGGGUUUUCUAGUAGCUGUCAUUUUAGCUACCUGGCUGGCAUUGCAGGGAGAGACACGUAUUGAUGCACUAGGGUUCAUUUGUGCAGGCUUAAACAUCAUCAUGUACGGCUCGCCGCUAGUUGCCAUGAAAACAGUGAUAACAACUAAGAGUGUGGAGUACAUGCCAUUCUUCCUCUCAUUUUUCUUUUUCCUCAACGGAGGGGUGUGGACUCUCUAUGCUUGGCUCAUACGAGAUGUUUUCCUUGGGGUACCAAACGGGAUUGGGUUUCUUCUUGGAACAACGCAGCUAGUGCUAUAUGCGAUUUACAGAAAUGCCAAACCAGCCGAUAGUAUUUCAAGUGGGCUGCUAGAAGAAGGAAGGCAACAUGGAGAAAUAUUGGAGACCACUUAAUUGGCUACACCUCUAGUGUUCUUAAAUCAUCUGUUUUUAUGACACUUUUUUUUUCUUCUUUUUUUCUUCCUAUGCAAGUGUGUUUGGGGAGUCAGUUCAUUUGGUGUAUGCGUUAGGUGCAUGUGAUAAAACAAAAAAGAAAAAAGAAAAUGAGAGAGAGAGAGAGAGAGACAGCGUUAUUUUGUAUGGCCUAUAUACGUACUGGUAUGCAUAAAUGUUGGUUCA